AUGCAUUAGGAAAUUAAUUAAGUAGAGUAAUUAAUUGCCAUUCUUUUGAUUUCAAGAAGUUAACUUUUUGGUUUGGUGGAAUUCGAAAAUGUUGAUCAGACUUAAUCAUUAAUAGUAAUAGGCGUGUCUCAUUUCUUUGAGCGGGUUUCGUAUUUUGCCAUCGAUCCAUCAUGGUUUCAGAUUAUAAUCAUUAUAAAUAUCAUUUAAGAUGCGCAGUAUUUAUUUAUUGGGGUUACUGUAAUUGAUUAUUAUGAACCACAGGUAACAUCAAUCUCAACAGCAAAUACACACGACAACCAAAAAAUCUCAUUUUUAUACUCAAUCGUAUUGCUACCUAACAUCUCUUUUAGGCACAAAAGUGACCCAAACAUCUCACAUGAACGAGACAAAAUGUUUUCAAAUAUAAAAUCAAUCAUUCAAAAGAAUGAAACUAUUCUCUCAACAAGAUUAGAGAGUACUCCAAUAAUGAGAAAAAAAAAUGAAACCUCAAAAACUAGUUGCACCUGCAAUAUAUAAUGA